CACGUGAACGCUGAUGCGGAAGUGAGGGAGAAGUGUCAUGGGAAGAGAGUCGGUUGUGUCUGUAGUGAACAUGUCGGGGUCGGUUGUGUGUUUGUUGAACCUGCUGCUGUUUCUUCACGUCGGGGCUGAGCUCAGGGACCAUGUCCGGCAGCGGUGGCCGGUUCCCUACAGACGGUUUGACCGCCGGCCUGCUGCCGACUCCUACUGUGAAGCUCUCUUCCCGUUCUGUCCCACCGGAGACAGCGAUGGACGGAUUCCCUCCAUGAGCGACACUGACGUGAUCUCAGUGUACAGACUGCAAACACCUGUGUGGGAAUUCAAGUACGGAGAUCUGCUGGGGAAGCUUCAUAUCAUGCAUGAUGCCAUCGGGUUCAGCAGCAAAGAGACGGGGGACAACUACACCAUGGAGUGGUAUGAGCUGUUUCAGCUGGGAAACUGCAGCUUCCCUCACCUGCGACCCGACGUGUUCGCACCUUUCUGGUGCAACCAGGGAGCCGCCUGCUUCUACGGCGGGAUCGACGACACACACUGGUCACAGAAUGGCACAUUGGAGAAGUUAGGAGAAGUAACUGGGGGCCAGUUCAAUGACAUGGCUCAGUGGGUCCAAGAUGACAACGAGACCGGGAUCUAUUACGAGACGUGGACAGUCCGCUCUGACCCUGGACCAAAUGCCACCGUGUGGUUCGAGUCUUACGACUGCUCCCAGUUUGUCCACCGCACGUACAGGAAACUCUCUGAGCUUGGAGCCAAACUCUCCAGUCGGUCACAAACCAACUACACCAAGAUCUACCUGUACAGCGGAGAGCCCAGUUACCUUGGCAACGACAGCGCCAUAUUCAGUCAGCCCGCUCUGAAGAACCUGGCAACGGACAUCCGUAAAUUUUACCACAGGUUCCAGCCGCACCAGUCGUUUAUAGACUUCGCCAUCAGUCUACUGGAGGCAUAUAAGAAGGUUGUGCUGGACAAGAGCUUUUACCUUUACUACAACUUUGAGUACUGGCAUCUGCCAAUGAAACCUCCUUAUGUGCAGAUUACAUAUGAAGAGGUGCCUUUGCCUUAACCUACGAAUGAAUCAGUCUAUUAACUGAUCAUCUGAAGUAUUAGGAAUAAAUAAAAAGCUGAGAAACGGCACAUCUUCACAUUUGAGAAGCAGAAACCAGUAAAUGUCGUUUUAGUUUUUUUGAUAGUAUUUAAAUGAUGGAUUAUUUAAAUAAUUGUCAACGCUCAAAGUAACAUUUUUGAUGAUUAAUGAUGUUCAUCAGCUGAUUUUGCUCAGUUUAAAGUGCCUUCUGCAGUUUUCUUGUUAAGACAUAUAUUCAGUAUUUCUCAACGAAAUGCAAUGUAUGUAUCCUCGAGGCUUGUUUACUGCCAUUUCUUCUUCAUAAAUCAUUUGCAGACCUCA